AUGACAAAUUUCCAAUACCAGUGUUGCUUUUGCAGGUUAUGGCCUGGCGUUGCUGCCAGCACCUGCUCAGAAGCUAUCGAUGGCACCUCCACUACUUGUUCUCCAUUGUUGAACACUGAACUCCGAGAAGUGACCACUUCACAGUAUUCUCUGUCAGUGCCUGCAGACUACCUGGGCUUUGAUGGUAUUGAAGCCACUGCAACAGGAACAUUGGGGGUAGCUGUAUCAACUCCACCACUUCUGCGUUAUGGAUCUGCUGAUGGCAAGGAGAAUCUCAGUGUAGUUGUAAGGGAUGCUGCCAGCAUAAAACCAACGUUCUUCCAGAUCACUGACAUCACUCAGUACGGUGGUCUUGCGGAUGUUGCCAAGCUGGUGCUGCCAAAGAACAGCAGAUUUCUUUCAGCUGAGUCGAUCACUCUGCCGCAACCACCAUAUGACACGGGUACCAUAAGGGGUGUUAUUGAGCUCCCAGACAUACACCUUUACAGGUAUGAAUUCCAGACUGUAGAGGAUCAGCACUAUGCUCUGUCAAUCGCAGCUUCAAGAGGCCAGGUCUAUUUUGUAGGUGCCUCUGCUCCAGUAGAUCGUUGGAAUGAUGAGAAGGAGACUCUGUUGAACUCUGUUCAGUCCUUCCGGUUGAAGAGAUAUUGA